GUCAACGAUGGACUGUGUGACACAUUGAUAACACUAUGGCCCCGUUCGCACGCUGUCUGCUAACAUGCCUUCGAAGACACGUCAACUUUGUGGCGAACUGGUUUCAACCAAACUACCAAGCAAUGAUGGACAUGGGCGAGGCCUUUGCCAAUUCUCGCGUCCACCAGGUUCCGGUGACAGACAGCGGUCAGACCUCCGAGGCAAGAGCAAAUCGUCAAAUCACAUAA